AUGAAACAAUUCAAAAAAGUUGAAUUAAUCAAAAACUCAAGCAAAAAUAAGAAAUUUUAAGACAUUUAUGAAAUAAAUAAGAAUGAUGUAUAAUGAUCUCAUCAAUAUAGAAACUUGGUUAAGGAUCUUAUGGAAUGGUUUACAGAGCAAUUCAUCGUGCUACUGGAUUAGCAAGAGCAGUGAAAAUUAUCCAUAAAGCAAGUGUAAAAUAGAAAGAAAGACUUACAAAUGAAUUGAGAACAGUUGAAUUAUUAGUAAUUAUUGAAAUUCAUAUUUUUUAGGAUCAUCCCCAUGUAAUUAGAGUCUUUGAAACAUUUGAAGAUAAUGACAAUAUUUAUGUAGUAAUGGAGUAUAAAAUUAACAAUUAAAUUUAGAAUAUGUAAAGGAGGUGAUAUUUUUGACAAGGUUUUAGAAUUGGGUAAUUUUGAUGAAUAAGGGGCAUUAAUAAUAUUUAUAUAAAUGAUUAGAUCAGUGAUCUACUAUUAAUCAUUAAAUAUUGUGCAUAGAGACUUAAAACCAGAAAAUUUUUUAUUUCAAACGAAUAAUGAUCUUAAUACUCUUUAUAUUAUAGAUUUUGGUUUAGCUCGAAUAUUCUAACCUGGAAUCUUGAAUUAAUGGACUAAGGCUGGAACUGUAUAAAUAACUUAUAUAUAAUUUUAAGGCAUAUUAUGUGGCUCCAGAGGUUUUAGAAGGUACAUAUGAUAAUAAAUGUGAUUUAUGGUCAAUUGGUGUUAUAUUAUAUGUCUUAUUAUGUGGAUACCCUCCAUUUUAUGGUGAAACAGAAUAAGAGAUAUUAUAUUCUAUAAAAAGGGGGAAAUUUGAUUUUGAUGGACCAGAGUGGAAGAAUGUGUCGCUUUUAGGAAAGGAAUUGAUUAGCUAAUUGUUAAAACCUUCUAAAUAAAGAUUAAAUUUGGAAUAAAUAUUAUAGCAUGAAUGGCUCUAAUAAUAUAUUUAAUAAGGUGAAGUCAUAUUAACAAAAGCACUUAUUGAGAGAUGGCAAGGAUAUCAUUAGAUUAAAUAAGUUGGUUUGCUCUAUUUAGCCACAUAAUUAGAUUAGAGUGAGAUAAUUAAUAUUAAAAAUGGAUUUUUAUUUAUGAAUAAAUCUCAAUCAGGAAUAUUAACAAAAGCUGAGAUUGAUAAAUUAAUCAAUUAUAAAUAUUAAGAUCUGGAAUACUAUUGUAAAAAAUCUAUAAUCAUAAAUUUUAGAAUUCAUAGCUAUAUGCUUAGAGCCAAAUGUAUAUAAAAUAGAAAAAUAUUUAAUAUUAAUGUUUACAUUUCUAUCAUCGAAUGGUCAAAUAACUAAAGAGAGUUUAAAAGCAGUUGAUAUAAAUCUUGAUUUUAAUUUAGAUUACAAGCUAUUCAUUAAUCUAUUUUGA